AGCAAGGCCAAAGCAGCACCUCCACCGAUGAGCUUUGAGGAGUUGCUGAAAGUGGCCCAGAAAAAACAGACUCUGCCAGGUGGCAAAACGGAAGAAGAGGCCAAGAAAAAAGUUAAGGAGCAAGAGAAAAAGAAGGACAUAGAUCGGCCACUCACUGCCUGGGCAAGUUGCCUCCAGAGAAGAAGGAACCAGAGAAGUCCAAGGAGAAGGGACAGAAGAAUGAGCCAAGUAGUCAGGAAGAGAAAGCAAAGAAGGAUGGCGAAAAGAUGGUUGGGAAGAAUAAGCCUCCAAGUAAACUGCAACAGGCACUGGAGAAACCAAAGCCUGAACCCAAAGUGAUUGACAGAAGUAAGUACUUUGCAGUUCCAGCAGGGGCCAAACCACGAGAACUUCCUCAAAGCAGGGACUCAAAGCCUUCCCAGAAUUCUAAACAGAUGCCUUCCAAGUCCCAAGACAGCCGAGCAGUCUCAGCCAAUGAUGGCAGACAGCAGAAAAACAGAGAGUUUCCUCCGAGAGACCUCAAGCCCCAAAAGUCCCGAGAUUUCCCACCAAAAGACAAAGGACGUCCAUUCCCUCCCCCAGACUUGCAUCGACGACAACCCCCUGGUCCAUCGCUCAAGAGAGGUCGAAUUGAGAGUGAUUCUGAAGAGGAGUAUGACUCAGAAAUGGAUGAUUUCAUUGAUGAUGGGGAAGAAGAAUUGGAUUACUCAAAUGAAAUCAAGAAGAUGUUUGGAUAUGAUAAGAGCAGAUAUAUGGAUGAAGAGGAUGACUGUGACGAUAUGGAGGCCUCAUUCUCUCAGAUGCAGAAAGAGGAGCGUAUUUCUGCUAAAAUUGGUCUCAUGGAAGAUCUGGAGGACAUGGUAGAUGAGGCCCAUGCAUGAAUGGAAACCCAGAGGCAAGAGAGAAAUUGAGAAGUAGAUGAAAAAAGCUCUUGAAUCCAUCUGUACAUAAUUUUUAUGAUACACCUGUGCCAGUAAUGAAUUUUAUAUGUAUA